AUGUCCCAGGAGAACCAGGACAUGGUGCACUCGCUGCUUGCCAAGAUGGACGUCGCUGGCGGGGGCGGGGCGCCCGCGGCGCCGCCGCCGGUCCCGGCGCCCGGCGGGCGGCUCGUGAACCGCGAGGACAUGCGCGAGAAGACCAUGCGGGAGCUGGUGUCGAAGAAGGGGUUCUCGCAAGGUCUGGCGCAGGAGGCGUGGGACGCGACGGAGGCGCAGGCGGAGGCCGAGCUGGACCACCUGCACGCGUUCAACGAGUUCAAGAAGCGGCGGCUCGGGCGGUGCUUGGACUACCUGAUUCUGUCGGUCCCGGACAAGGAACUCCCCCCCGCGUUCCGUGGUCAGGUGGCCGAGGCGGCGAAGAAGAGGCGGUGGCGGGCGAGCGGGCGGGAGGCGGCGGCGGCGGACGAGGGCGAGGGCGGCGAGGACGCGGGGCCGCGGCUGGUCGAGGAGGAGCUGCGGGAGGUCACGCCGGAGAGGGUUGGUGCCAAGGACGAGUCAGUCAUAGGCGCGCUGCUCGUGGCGGGGGGGUUUCCGGGCGAGGUGGCGCGCGCGGCGGCGCGGUCGAAGGGCGGCGUGAUGGCGAUGCUGGGGUUCGCAUGCGCGGAGCUCGCGCGGCUGGAGGGGCCGGGUGAGGGCGAGGCGGCGGCGGCGGCACAGGAGACCCUGGGGGCCGAGUACGGGUGGGGCGACGGUGCGGUGGACCGAGGGGUCGUGGGGGACGCGUGCACGGAGCAGAAGGACCUGGAGAUCGAGGCUCUCGGGUCGAUUUUCGCAGAGGAGGCUGGGCUGGAGGUGUACCCGGACUACAGCGGCGUUGUGCUCCCCGUCGUGCUGCCUGGGCUGUUGCGGGAGGGCGGCAAGAGGGCGGGAGGUGGGGCGGGGGGCGGGCACAGCAAGGUCAAGGGCGGGGGGUGGAUGGCGGGGGCAGAGGAGCAGGGGCCCCGCGCGGAAGCCUCGGGGACGCUCACCGUGGUGUUUGAAGGCCGCGGGCUGUACCCUUUCGUGCCCCCAAAGUCGCUCUCGGUGGACGCGCCCAGGCUGACGUUGCUCAAUAAGGCGGCCCUCGACGCUGCUGUGACGAAGCAGGCCUGCGAGCUGAGCCGAGGCGGGCAGCCCUUCCUGCACGAGCUGACGGGCUGGAUCCGCGACAACUCGACGCAGCUGCUCAGGGACGCCAAGGCGGCGCUGACAGACGUCGUGGCCGCAGCGAACGACGGCGCAGACAUCUUCGCGUUGGACGACGAGGACGACGAAGCGCAAGACGAUGCGGACACGCCGCAGGAGACCGUCGCUAGCGAUCAAGGGCAGGCCAGCCAGGGCGAGGGGCGUCCGAAGGUCGUGAACGUCGGCCCCGUGGCCGCGUCCAGCAGCCGCAGGACCGCCGCGGCCGUGGCCGACCCGGCGGCGGACCCCGACGCGGAGGACUCGGGGAUUGCGGAGGCGGAGAAGCAUCUCAUGGGCCUCGGGUUCCAGGAGGUUGACCGGGAGGAGGAGAUCCGAUUGCGCCGGGAGAAGCGCAGGGUCGAGCUGGAGCGGGACCGCGCGGAACUGCUCAGCAAACACGGCGAGCACGACAGCAAGCGGCUGCUGGAGAACCUGCAGAGGUGGCGCAGCUCCGGCGACAAGGACGUUGCAACCAUGCGCGCGCAGCGGGAGCGGCUGCCCGCGUGGAAGGAGCGUCAGCGCGUGAUUCGCGCGAUCGCGGACAGCCAGGUGCUCGUCGUUGCGGGCGAGACGGGGUGCGGGAAGACGACGCAGGUCCCGCAGUUCAUCCUCGAGUCGUGGAUCGACGCCGGGAAGGGGGGGGAGGUCUCGAUCGUGUGCACGCAGCCGCGGCGGAUCUCGGCGACGUCCGUCGCGGCCCGCGUCGCCGCGGAGCGGUGCGAGACCCUGGGCAGCACCAUUGGGUACCAAAUCAGACUGGAGUCGAAGACCUCGAGGGCAACGAAGUGCACCUUCUGCACCACGGGGGUCCUGCUGCGGAGACUGGUCGACGACCCGGGCCUGGUGGGCGUCACGCACGUCAUAGUGGAUGAGGUGCACGAACGAUCCCUGGACUCCGACUUCCUGCUCGUCCUGCUGCGCGAGCUGCUGCACAAGCGGCCGGACCUGCGCUGCGUGCUGAUGUCGGCGACGCUGGACGCCGGCAAGUUCCAGAAGUACUUCGGGAAGGGCACCAGGGCACUCGAGAUCCCGGGGUUCACGUUCCCAGUCAAGGAGCAGUAUCUCGAAGACGUGGUGCAGAUGCUGCAGUACCGCCCGAGCCCCGGGUCCGACUGGUGCCGCAAGACUGGCAAGCCCGACCCCGCGGAGCAGCAGGCGUACCAGAAGCUCGCGUCGCAGGGGUACGGCAAGGACACCAUCGACGCGAUCAACUUGCUGGAGCAGAGCGUCCUCAACUACGAGCUGAUGCUGGCGGUGCUGAAGAACAUCGUCAAGUCCCCGCGUCCGGGCGCGGUCCUGGUGUUCCUGCCGGGCCUGAUGGAGAUCUCGAAGCUGUACGACCUGUGUCGGGCCGACGGGGGGGUCCGCAGUGCGACGGACAACGGCCAGUGGCUGAUCCCGCUGCACUCGACGCUGUCCACGGCGCAGCAGAACACGAUCUUCAACCGGCCGCCGAAGGGCGUUCGGAAGAUCGUCAUCGCCACCAACAUCGCGGAAACGUCGAUCACCAUUGACGACGUGGUGUUCGUCGUCGACGCGGGGCGCGCCAAGGAGAACGGAUACAACCCGGACAACCACAUGUGCAUGCUCCUCGAGGGCUGGGUGUCCCGCGCCAGCGCACGCCAGCGCCGCGGCCGCGCCGGUCGCGUGUCCGAGGGCGUGUGCUACCGCCUGUUCACGCGGUACGUGCACGACCACGUCUUCGUCGAGUACCAGCUCCCGGAGAUCAAGCGCGUGCCUCUCGAGGGGCUCUGUCUGCAGAUCAAGCUCCUCGGGCCGACGCUGAUCGAGGGCGGCGUCGACGGGUUCCUCUCGCGCGCGAUCGAGCCGCCCUCGCACGAGGCCAUCGCCAGCGCCAUCAAGGCCCUGCGGUCGAUCGACGCGCUGGACCCGCACGAGCGCCUCACGCCGCUCGGACAGCACCUCGCGAACCUCCCCGUCGACGCGCGCCUCGGCAAGAUGAUCCUGUACGCCGCCGUGCUGCGCUGCCUGGACCCGUGCCUGACGGUGGCCGCGGCGCUCAGCUCCCGGAGCCCGUUCGUGAGCCCGCUCGACAAGCGCGAGGAGGCCGACGCGGCGAAGCGCUCGUUCGCCGGCGACCAGUCGGACCACCUCGCCGUCGUCGACGCGUUCGACGCGUGGGAGGACGUCCGGCGCCAGGGCAAGGGGGCGGAGCGCCAGUUCUGCCAAGACAACUUCCUGUCGAUGAAGGCGCUGCAGGGGAUCGCGGACCUGCGCCAGCAGUUCCGGCAGCUGCUGCUCGACGCAGGCUUUCUGACGGGCCGCAACAAGGCGAACGGGUCAGGCGGGGGCGGCCGGGGCGGGCGCGGGUACGCUGUCGGGGAGGUGCUGGAGCUGGCCAACGUCAACUCGAGCAGCAGGAAGCUGGUCAAGGCGGUGCUCACGGCGGGGAUGUACCCGAACGUGGCGCGCAUCGAGGUGCCGCCGGCGCGGCGGGGGGGGCCUCCGGCUCCGCCACGGCUCAUUUGCAGGUCGGUGAUUUCGGGGGCGGACGAGAUGGUGCAAAUCCACCCGUCGUCGGUGAACUUCGAGGUCCAGGGGUUCAAGACGAGCCACCUGGUGUACAACGAGAAGGUCCAGACGAGCGGCGUGUUCCUCCGGGACUGCACGACGAUCACGCCGUACGCGCUGCUGCUGUUCGGCGGGCAGAUCACGGUGCAGCACGGCGCGGGCACGGUGCGCGUCGACCACCACCAGUUCAAGUGCCCGCCGCGCACGGCCGUGCUCUUCAAGACGAUCCGCGGGCAGCUCGACCGCCUGCUGCUCGCGAAGAUGGAGAACAGCGACUUCGACAUUUGGAAGGCCGGCGGGCAGGUGGUGAGCGCGGUGCUGCAGCUGCUCAACACCGAGAAGCCCGCGCCGCCGACGGAGGCGCAGUUCGUGCCCCGCGCGCGUGGGGGGCGGCGCGGGCGGGGCGGGCGCCGGUGA